CUAGGCGCAAGUUAGUGUUGUAUGUUAAAAGUACAAAAAAGCGCAAGCAAAACAAGAACUUGCGUUUAAAAUAAUCUUUGACGAAUAAUUGACCGCCAUCUUUGAUUUCUCCGAAGAAAAAAUGCUGAUGAUGUUAUUUUUGGUCUCACUCCCAUACCAUGAAAUAUCUGUUCGGCAAAAUAACUGAAAAUAAUAAACAAACUUUUUUUAAAUUUCAAAAAUGGCGGAUGUUGUUCUGAAUGAUCUUUUGCUUUUGCAAAGUUAUUUUUGUAAACCAGGUGAGUUUUCUGUUAACAGAAGCAUGGAAAGUAUAAAUGCAUCAGACGAAACAAAUUUUAUCAUAACUUUAAUGUUAGAAAUCCAAAAAGAUGAUAUUGUUGAAAUUCAAUUUAAUGUAACUUCGUUUGAACUACAGAAUUGUUUUGCUGAUGCAAAUCAUCUUUGUUUAAAGUCUACCACAGGAUAUAUUUCAAGGAGGAUAUUACAAAACUUUAAAGAAGUUGUUAUGGAUUAUCAGAGGUUACUAUGUGAUAAUGGAGACCUUUCAUUGUUUAAUUUAUUAACAUGGAUACCUGACAAACUAAAUAACUACAUUAAAGAAAAAAUUGAAAGAGGUAACAGUAAAACGAGUUGUUUUGAAAGUGAAAAAUUUAGUACGGCUUUACUAACAAUUGACCAUAUACGAUCACGUUCCAGAUACUUAAAAUUUAUGAAGAAUACAUCUCAAAACCUGCAAAUUGGUUUAGAACUAAUUUAUUAUCAAACACGGAUUUUUCUGAUCGUCUUUGGUUUAUCUUUAUCUGUCAAGGAAUAUAUAAAACUUCAAAGGACAAGUUUGGUAGAUGUUGAUAACAGUGGAAAACCUUGCAAAGAAAAAAUGUUAAAAGUCGUUGAAAUAAGAGAGAGAAAAACUUUACCCUCAUCAUUUACUGGAUUGAACUGCAUGGAAGUAACUAAUAUUGAAGAGCUUAGAAAUAAGUUUAAGAAUUUUUCGUUUUUGCAUAUGGCUUAAAGUUUAAAGGCUACGCUUUCCUUCUAACUAUAUAUAACUGUUCUAUUUCCAUAACUUCAUUUCGUCCAUAAGAAAGGUAAGGAAAAAGUCUCAUUUGUUAACUGGUACUUUUGUAAAAAUAUAUAUUUCGACAAUUA